AUGGGAUACGCCUGGCUGUUCGAGGCCUGUACCCCAGACCAACACGCCUGUGAUGGGAUGUGCCUGCCCAGCUCCUGGCUUUGCGAUAAGGAAGUCGACUGUAAGGACGGCUCGGAUGAGGCCGGAUGUAUGGCAGAGACAACGACAGAAAAAGCCGUCACACCAGCGAUGGCCGCUGCCAUUGUGGAAGUGAGCGGCGAGUGCGGCAGGCCGGCCAUCUCAGGGCAGCACGCACGGAUCAUGGGCGGUGUUGAGGCCGUGCAGGGCUCGUGGCCGUGGCAGGUCAGCCUGAAACUGUACGGUGGUCACGUGUGCGGAGGAACGCUUCUCGCGAGGGACUGGGUCGUCACCGCUGCCCACUGCGUGGCUGACCUGAGAAGCCUGGAGAAUCUGCUAGUCUCGCUCGGCAGCCAUCACCGCACGGAGAAGGACUCCCCUCAGCAGGACAUCGGGGUCACCAAGGCCAUCGUGCACGAGGGCUAUGACGCUACCUCAUCGAACAACGACAUCGCCCUGUUAAGGCUGAGCAGCAGCGCCACCUACACGAACUACGUCAGCCCUGCCUGCCUGCCUGCCCGAAACGGAUGUAGCUGA